GCAUUGUUGAUAUCAUACCCCUACCUAGAAAAAGCGCGUCGGGAAGAUUAUUUUGUUUUUCUACUAUUAACAACACAAAAAUCAAGUCAAAAUGGCAUCGUUUAAAAACCACGGGAAUUCCAUAAAUUUCAAAUGUUUUCAGCUUUUAAACAAUGAGUCCUUUGUGGACGUUUCUAUUGUCGCAUCAGGAAGAUAUCUUCAGGCGCAUAAGUUAGUGCUGGCUGCAGCAAGCAGCUAUUUUGAGGAAAUUUUCAAAAUUAUACCGAAUUCAUGCACACAUCCAGUAAUAGUUCUCAAUAUUCCGUAUAUUCAUCUUCAAUACUUAAUGCAAUAUAUUUAUUGUGGGUAUAUAGAUAUUGAAUCCAGCGAAGUAAAUGAAUUUCAAAAGCUUUUAAAUUCAAUGAAUGUCGAAUAUAUACGGGAAGACAUUGCAAAAGAAGAUAAUCAGAUAUUAAUUACUUCCUUUACUGAGGAUUCUAUAGAUGAAAAUGAUAUAACGAGUAUGACUCUCUCGGAAAGGCAAGAAAACGAGGAACGAGAAGCAUACGAUUUCCCAGAAGAUCUACAAGCCGAAGAUGAGAGUCCUCAACCUAUUCAUAAUCUACAGCUAUAUAAUAACAGAACUUCAACAUCUUCUAUAAAAUCCAACCCACCUAAGGAAAAAUCUGGUUUUUCAAUAAACAUGGAAGGAAAACAUUCAGUUAAACGUGUGGUUCCUUCUCAAAAAUUUCAAAAUUUUAUGUUUAAAAAUCCCACAAUCUGCCCAUUUUGUAAUAAAUUUUUCAACACAACAAAGCACAGGAACGAACAUGUGAAAUACUGUUUUGAUAAUCCAAAUCGCGUAGUAUCACAAUGCAAGAUUUGUUCUAAAAGUGUUUGUGAUCCUUAUUACCUUAGAAAACACAUGAAGAACGUUCAUGGGAAGAAUGCAGACCCGUAUGUUCGCUUGGAGAAUCGUCAACAUAAGCUUUGAUCAUUUCCUAUUAAUGUACAUACAUCAUAUAAGAAAAUGCUCUCUAAAAUAAUAAAUAAAUGAAAUAGUGUUAUGAAGAAAUGUAAUGAAAAAAGAUGUUUCAUAAACUUUUGAAAUUCAAUAUAAUCUGAAUAUUUAAGGGAACAGAUUGAACAAAAUGCGAAUCUAUGGAAUAUGAAUCGAAAAUGAAAUUAAGACGAAAAAAUGAACAGCAAUAACAUGUUGAAAAUUUCAAAGGUGGUGAUUUUAUUUAUUUAUAUAUAAUUUUUAAUAAGACUUUGUUUUUAAUUCAUCUAUAUAAAAAAGCAUAUUUCUGAUUCAUUCGUAUAUAAACAUAUGUAAGUGUAAAAUCUUUGAAAAGAAAAAAGUCAAUCG